CGUCAUAAAAGCUCUCCCAGCGCUUGGAGAAGCUUGGGAGGCUGAGGACACAGGCCCCCGUGUGGGUGUGCAAAGGUUGCCUGACGGGUCAGCCCUUGUGAGCUGAGGUGGUCCACCAUGUGGACCCUUGAUAGAGGCAGGUUGUGGCCUGGGCUGCUGAUCACGCUGGGCUCCCUCUGCCCAGGAGGUUCUCCAUGUGGCAUCUCCACACACAUCGAGAUAGGACACAGAGCUCUGGAGUUUCUCCACCUUCAGGAUGGGAGAGUUAACUACAAAGAGCUGUUACUUGAGCACCAGGAUGCGUAUCAGGCCGGAACUGUGUUUCCUGACGCCUUCUACCCCAGCAUCUGCGAGAGAGGGCAAUUCCAUGACGUGUCUGAGAGCACUCACUGGGCCCCCUUUCUGAAUGCAAGCGUCCACUACAUCCGAGAGAACUACCCCCUUCCCUGGGAGAAGGGCACGGAGAAAUUGGUAGCGUUCUUGUUUGGAAUUACCUCUCACAUGGUGGCCGACGUCAGCUGGCACAGCCUGGGUAUCGAGCAAGGGUUCCUUAGGACCAUGGGAGCCGUUGAUUUUCAUGACUCCUACUCCAAGGCCCAUUCGGCUGGUGAUUUCGGAGGAGAUGUGUUGAGCCAGUUUGAGUUCAAUUUUAAUUACCUCGCACGGCGCUGGUACGUGCCCAUUGAAGAUCUGCUGGAAAUUUAUAAGAAACUCUAUGGCCGAGAAGUCAUCACCAAAAAUGCAAUUGUUGACUGUUCAUACCUUCAGUUCAUGGAAAUGUAUGGUGAGAUGUUAGCUGUUUCCAAGCUUUAUCCCGCUUAUUCCAGGAAGUCUCCAUUUUUGGUGGAACAAUUCCAAGAAUAUUUCCUGGGGGGACUGGAUGACAUGGCGUUUUGGUCCACUAAUAUUUACCGUCUGACAAGCUACAUGUUAGAGAACGGGACCAGUGACUGCAUCCUGCCUGAGAACCCUCUGUUCAUUGCAUGCGGCGGCCAGCAAGCCAGCACCCAGGGGAGCCGAUUUAGGCACCGAGGCCUCGUUGUGAGCAGGACAGAGCGCGUCCGUGCUCGACCAGGGCGCGUCCCGGCAGGUGCAUGGGCGCUGAACAGACUCCCGAUACUCUCAAGUGUUAGGAGGGAAAGGGAUGUCCCGAAGAGCAUCCCGACCCUGUCACAGGGGAAGAAGCGGUGUUUCCACCGAGAUAGUUCAGGUAGCUCAGGAGUGCAGAAAAAUGAUUUCCAUAAGAAUUUGGCUGUGUCCCUAACCAAAGAUAUUAGGAAAAAUAUAAACUAUACCAAAAGAGGCGUGUUCUUUAGCGCGGAUUCCUGGACCUCGGAUUCCCUUAUUUUUAUGUACCAGGCUUUGGAAAGGAACAUAUGGACAGUGUUUACAGGCAGCUCCCAGCAGUCAAGGAAAUACGUCUCCAGCCCCUUGGCAUCUUACUUCCUGUCAAUUCCCUACACAAGACUCGGUUGGGCGAUGACCUCGGCUGACCUCAACCAGGACGGGCACGGUGACCUGGUGGUGGGCGCCCCGGGCUACAGCCGGCCUGGCCACACGCAGGUGGGGCGCGUGUACCUUCUGUACGGCAGCGAGCUGGGCCUGCCCCCCCUCGACCUGGAUCUCGACAAGGAGGCCCACGUGACCCUGGAGGGUUUCCAGCCCUCAGGUCGGUUUGGCUCGGCCUUGGCCGUGUUGGACUUCAACAGGGAUGGCGUGCCUGACCUGGCCGUGGGAGCGCCGUCGGUGGGCUCCGAGAAGCUCACCUACACGGGUGCCGUGUACGUCUACUUCGGCUCCAGACAAGGAGGAAUGUCGUCUGGCCCCAACGUCACCAUCUCCUGCCAGGAUACCUACUGUAACUUGGGCUGGACACUCGUGGCCGCAGACGUGAACGAAGACGGCGAGCCCGAUCUGGUGAUGGGCUCCCCUUUCGCGCCAGGUGGAGGGAAACAGAAGGGCAUGGUGGCUGCAUUUUAUUCUGACCACAGCUGGAGCCAACAAGAAAAGCUGGGCGUGGAGGCGGCCAACUGGACAGUGUGGGGCGAGGCGGACUUCUCCUGGCUCGGCUACGCCCUCCACGGGCUGCGCGUGAACAACAGAACCGUGCUGCUGGUGGGGAGCCCGACCUGGAAGCACGCCGGUAGUCUGGGCCACCUGUUCCACACUCACGAGGAGAAACAGAGCCUUGGACGGGUGUAUGGCUAUUUCCCCCCCAGCAGCCAAAGCUGGUUUACCAUUUCUGGAGACAAGACGAUGGGGAAGCUGGGGGCCUCCCUGUCCAGUGGCCACGUGCUGGUGAACGGGACCCGGAGACAAGUGUUCCUGGUUGGAGCCCCGACUCACGAUGAGUUGUCCAAAAUGGCAUUCCUGACCAUGACCCUGCACCAAGCCGGAACCACUCGGAUGUACGAACUGACCGCCAACACACAGCCCUCUCUGCUCAGCACCUUCAGCGGGGACCGUCGCUUCUCUCGAUUUGGUGGAGUUCUGCACUUGAGUGACCUGGAUGGCGAUGGCUUAGAUGAAAUCAUCAUGGCAGCCCCCCUGAGGAUAACAGAUGUCACCUCUGGACUGAUGGGGGGAGAAGACGGCCGUGUUUACAUAUAUAAUGGCAAACACAUCACCUCUGGCGACAUGACAGGCAAAUGCAAAUCGUGGACAGCUCCGUGUCCUGAAGAAAAGGCCCAAUACGUACUGGUUUCUCCAGAGGCAAGUUCGAGGUUUGGGAGCUCUGUGGUCACCGUGAGGUCGAAGGACAAGGAAAGGAUAUUGCACAGAACCGUACAGGCUCUGACACGAAGUCCCUACCUUUGUGGAAAAACACCAUUUAUACACAUGGGAAGUAAAAUAAAACGCAAAUCAGAAGAGGAUUAAGGACUGAAGAGUAGCGUGAAC